GGCCGAGGGCGCGACAGGUCGGUCACGUGGCCCUCCCCCCUUUCCCCGCUGAGAAGGGCUCCUUGGGGGCUCUUGAGAGAGACUUCGGACUUUUGGAACCGAGUUUCCCAAGAUGGCGGCGGCGGCGUCCAGCAGGAGCGGCGGGCCCCGGGGUCUCCUGUUGGCAAGGCGAUUGCUGCGGACCUGCUGCAGCUCGGUUGUAAUGUAGUCAUUGCAUCUCGCAAACUUGACAGAUUAAAAGCUGUGGCAAAAGAGCUAGCUGCCAAAAUUCCAUCUACAAAUGCUGCCCAGGUGACGCCUGUACAGUGUAACAUUCGCAAAGAAGAGGAGGUAGAAGCGCUGAUGAAAUCAACACUGGAUCUUCAUGGUAGAAUAGAUUUCUUGAUCAACAAUGGGGGAGGUCAAUUUCCUAGCCUCACAGAAUCAAUCACUGCAAAAGGUUGGCACGCUGUGAUCGAAACAAAUUUGACUGGGACCUUCUACUGCUGUAAAGCAGUAUACAAUGCUUGGAUGCGGGACCAUGGAGGUACAAUUGUCAACAUUGUGGCUGAUACAUGGAAAGGAUUUCCUGGCAUGUCCCACAGUGGUGCGGCAAGAGCUGGCGUUGACAACCUGACCAAAACCUUAGCUAUUGAGUGGGCCCACAGUGGGGUGAGAAUAAAUGCAGUUGCACCGGGAGUGAUAUUUUCUGAAACUGCUGUGGCAAAUUACAAAGAUGGUAAAGAAAUGUUCAGAAGUGCUAUUGAAAAGAUUCCUGCAAAAAGAUUAGGACUUCCUGAAGAGGUGUCAGCCUUGGUGUGUUUCCUCCUGUCUCCUGGUGCCUCCUUCAUAACUGGGGAAACAGUGAAGAUUGAUGGUGGACAGUCCUUAUAUUCUUCUCGUUGGGAAGUUCCAGAUCAUGACCGGUGGCCACCUGGUCCAGAUGGAGACAAUUCUACAGCACUCAAGAUGUUAUUUUCACAAGAACCUCUGUCAAAGCUGUGAAUCAUAGAAAAGGGAAUAGCCCCUUUCCAUUUUUGCCAAUGGAGAAAUUUUGCCUUUUAAGAGUUGAUUACAGUUUUUAAAACUGUGCCUGAUUUUGAUAAAAAAUCUUCACUUUGUUUUGUUUUAAUAAUGUUGGCCUUAAAAAUGCUACUUCAGGAAAAUGAUCAUGGGAAAAGCCUCUUGUACCAUUGUUGGCUUUGACAUGAAAGGGCAACUGUGUCAAUGAACUCUCUGCUUGUAAUUUGAACUCUUACACUUCUCCUGUUAAAACGACAUGGAGUAUAUCUUGGAUUGGCAAGGCACUAAAGGGAAUAAAGCCAAAGGUUUACAGUUUGUUAUCAAAGGCUCUUGACUGCUAUGUGAUUAUUCCCCCCAUAACAAUGCAUGCUAGAGCUCUUGGAGAUGAAGGUGGGGACAGGUGGUUUACAUUUAUGUUCUUUAAUUUUAAAGUUGUCUUUAAUGUUCAGUAAGAGUAUACAAGAUGGGUAGUAACAGAAGCUUGAGAGCACCUAUUGCCUGUAGCUUAUGCUAGCUGAGAAUUAGGAGAGGUGUAUUCCAGCAAGGCUGCUUUCACAGUUCAGAAAGGGAAUUACUUGCAUAUUGUAGUCAAUAGCAGCUGUAGCUGAAAGUCCUUAUUUAGUAUGUCUCUGUUACAAGAUGGGAGUUCUGUUUUUCUCUGUGUUGGCCAAGUUGCUAGCACUGAUAACUGAACAACUUAGACUGCCAAACUUGCAGGUUUAUGUGUGGCAUACCCAUUACGCUGGCUUAUACUAGUGAUCCGGGAAAUAAAGUUCCUGAAAUUGGCAUCAUAAAAGGAAAUGUUUCCAGAAAAUAUAUUAAAAUCUUUUGACUGGGAGCAGACAAAAUAGCUGAAAGACUGUUACUUGUUUUUCUCAGUACUCACACUGAGCAAUACUGUGGGAUUAAACAAAUAUGUAAACUUGGCCUGAGCAGACAAUUAACCUUUGUAAGAAAGACAGUAACCAAUGAGGCAUCCCUAUUUCAGUUUUGUACUUCCAAAUUAAAAAGGUAAUCAGCAACUUAUCCACUUAUGAUGCCACUCGAGUUCCAUACUUUGAAAUAUAUAUUAACCUCAUUGCAAAACUUUCAAAUAUGUGAUUCCUAAAGUCAGAGAGUAAGCUACUAAAAGUGCCUGUGCAUCAUCGAUGGCAAAUCCUGUUACACCCAGUUAGGUGAGGGUUGUGGGAGGAAAACAUUGGCUUGUUUUUUUUUAAAUAAAUAAAACCAGUGUUGUGCUUUCUCAGAUAUCGCCACUUAAGCAAGGGAAACGGAUUUGCAGGAUAUGGCACCUUACAACUUUCAAAUACUUGCCUUGAUGAGGUGAAUACAUCUAUUUUUCUAAUAUUCAGCAGUGGCAGCAAAUUCAUGUUGUGACUUCAUAAUAUAAACAAACAAAUAAAUGUAUAUAAAACUUUAAUAUCAGUACAGUGUUUGUUUAUGCAAAGAAUAAAUGCACAUCAAAACAA